AUGGGCAAAACCAAAUUCCGCCUGGAAGAUCUUCCGUUGGAAAAAAGACUCGGAAUCACUCGAUACAAUAGAGAUGACUGCAAUGCCGCAAUUCGUGGCCAAAAGAUUCCUCGUGGUCUGGGACUAAAAGUCCAACGCUUCGCUGUUAUCCGUGGCAUUCGACACCACAAUGGGUUCGCCCAUGAGUUACGCGGCGUCGUACCGGAGUUCACUCGUGCACUCAAGGAUAAACGUGCGAUGUACAACAUAUCGGCACUUUUCUUUGAGAGCGCCGAUCUCAGUCUGCCACCGAAUGCGAUAAAUUAUCUUGAGGAUAGAUAA